UGAAACUUCGCAAAAGUAUCUAUCAGGUGCUUAAUUAAUUUUGUCGAAAGUUUUGUGAUUAUCUCGAAUAGAAUUUACAAUUAACAGUGUUUAGGUGAUAACUACCUUAAAUGAACAAAAUUAAGCAAAAGUAUAAAACCAAAUUUAAAUAUUUCCAUCAAAUAGUUCGACUUAUAGUUAAAACGCAAUGGGUAAUAACGUUCCCACGGUUCCCUCGUACAAAGAGAGAUCCAAAAAAUGUAAGUGAACGUACAUACCGGGUGAAUGAAUUACUUGAAACAUACCAUGAAUAAUUAAACAAAACAUGAAACGGAUUCUCAUACAUUCUGAAUUAAACUAACUUAUGUCGCAGUUAGGCACACCGGUUAUCUUUCCAAAAUGUUCAUCAAUUUCAAUCAUUGUUUAAACUCAAUGAUACACGUUAACAAGUUAAACCACCCAGUACAAACAGUAUAUAAAGAUGCGCUGGAUGCUGAUGUUCUAUUCUUCGAAGGACUACCGUGAAAGUACCGCAGCAUUCUCUUAUGUCAUCAAAUUUACUUAUGAAAUCUGAAGUGUACAAUCAAUUAUAAUCAUCGAUUUUCAUCUUGAUAUUAUUUAUUCUUAAUUAAUGAUUAAAUUUAAAAGAGAAGGUCGAAGAGGAUUUUGCAAAGUUUGAUGAAGACUGAGAUUUUUACUGUGCUUGAAACAUGCAUUGGCAAUUUUCUAAAAGCAUCGCCGACAAGGUAAGUCCAUUUUUAUCAAUCUACCUAAAAAUAAUUUCAAAUAUAUUAUAAAAUGAUUUCUUAAGAGCGAACGUUUCAUUUUUUCUAUUCACAUCUCCCGUUGAAAGUGAUAUUGCUUAACAAUCUAGCGGUUCCCAAUUAACAAGAAGAAUCUGUGCAAACGUUUCUUUCCUUAUUUGUUGAAAUUUUUACUUCGCAUUCAUUUCUUCUUUUAAGUGCGACGAAGUCUGUAGAUCUUCUUCCGAUUUCCGGGUACGGUUUAUGUUAAUUGUAGCGGAGGUUUGCACUUUUUUGAGUUAGAAAUCGUACUGGAGAACCGCUGGAAGCGCCUACGCGCACGUGCGCGUUGCGGCACUCCUCUCGGAGCGCAUCGUCACAAAGUCUUGCCCAAUGAAUCCCGCGAUCCUUUCGAAUCCGAAUCAUGACACGCGUGAUUAAUGCUUGAAACCAGUAGCCGAUUCCCAGUAAACUUUCUAAGUACAAUUAGAUCUAAAUUUCUUCAGUCCGUUAAUUUGAACCUAAUUAAUUUGCAGAUCGUUAUCCUGUGCUGUCUGAAACUGACAAUCGCCGGCGUUCUCCAGCAGAGAUUCCCUUGUGCGCCGGUUGGAGCGAUUUCUGCGAACGGUGAGCUGGUGCCCGUGACUUGCGCCCUGAAGUCAAUCGAAAAGCAAGUGGCGCCCACUUAUGUGAGGGUCUCUGCGCCGAUUUCGUACAGGCCUCUGCCGAAGGCGUCUUCGUUGGUCUACGUGGCUCCACCGAUUUUCAAAACAGCCUCAGCCGUCGUCGCGACCGACUCGAGGACCGAGAAGGAAUACACGGCUUAUCCGAGGUACUCGUUUAAUUACGGGGUCCUCGACGGGUACACGGGCGACUCGAAGUCCGCGUGGGAAGAACGUGACGGUGAUACUGUUAAAGGUGAGUAUUCGGUCGUCGAAGCCGACGGCGCGAUUCGAACGGUCACGUACACCGCCGACGAUCACAACGGCUUCAACGCUGUUGUGACCAGGAACGAGUCACCGAAGAAUGCGCAAGAAAGUAAUUUGAAGGCGUUCCUGCCGGCGACGAUUGUCUCCCAUCAUCAUUGAUCGUUUCUUAUCCAAUUUGAAUUACGAAUUUUUGUGCAAAAUAAAACGUUUAUGAUAUCAAUUUAAAAAAUGUGAUUUGGAUAGAAAUUACUUUCAUUGGUAUGAUAUUGUAAUAUACAGGGUGUUUCACUAGAUUUUCAGGUUUCUAUUUUCUCGCUAUUAUUGCUCGUAAGGAAGAAAGUUUUACA